UUUUCUUCUAGCGUUUCGCGUGUGUGUGUGUGUGUGUGUGUGUGUUGAAAGAGUGAAAGUUAUUUACCACCUUCCCAACCUCUCACCUUCAUUAUGCACUAAACAACCAUCGUCAUCGUGUUGCGUGCAUCGAGGAAAAUGGUUACUAAAACUUCGUUGCUCCCACGCGCCCCACCGUGUUUGUUUUUCUCUCGUCCCAGCCGUUUCCAUUCAUGUUUUCAUAUUUCAUUGCAAGUUUCGUCUCCCAUUUGUUUGUUGUUUUUUUCUUCUGUUUUUAUAAUUGUUUGGUUUAAAUAAUCUGUUGUGUUGCUUUCCGUUUUCCGGCGUGAACCAAGUGUGCUCAACGGUUGCUGCUGUAAAUUUAGUUUAGACGGCUUUGAACGACUGAAGCGUUUGAUGAAACGGUUGGGGCUUGUUGGCUCGAUGGCAGCGCCACCUAGCGGAUUAUCGAAGACACAAACACGAGGCGAGACCGACAUCACACUGCAAGCGUCCGAUCGGCUUGCGCAAACGUCUGAACUGGUGAUGGGAAAAAUGAAGUUUUCGACGGAAUCGAGUUUCCGUUCCGGAACUAUCUCCGGAAUCUCUGGAAUCGGAAUAGGCUCCGAAAUCAGAAACGGAGUCGGUUUCGGCAUCUUCCCAAUUUACUUGUAAAACGACCUAUUCUCAUGGUGACUCCCGGAUUGGUUUCGCUUCUGAAACUUCUUACUUCAAUUCAAGAACUGAUUCUCCUUCCGGAGCUAAUUCCAUUUCUGGAGUCAAAACUGAUUCCGUUACCGGAGCAAAUUGCGAUCCCCGGGUGGAUUCCCAUUCCGGAGCCGACUCCGGAAUCGGUUCCAGAGUCACGUUCGGAAUCUGCUCCAGAGUCAACUCCGGUAUCGGGUCCGAAGUCAACUCCGAAAUCGGGUCCGAAGUCAACUCCGGUAUCGGGUCCGAAGUCAACUCCGGAAUCGGGUUCGAAGUCAACUCCGGAAUCAGCUCCGAAGUCAACUCCGGAAUCGGGUUCGAAGUCAACUCCGGAAUCAGGUCCGAAGUCAACUCCGGAAUCGUGUCCGAAGUCAACUCCGGAAUCGGAUCCGAAGUCAACUUCGGAAUUGGGUCCGAAGUCAACUCCGGAAUCGGGUCCGAAGUCAACUCCGGAAUCUGGUCCGAAGUCAACUCCGGAAUCGGGUUCGAAGUCAACUCUGGAAUCAGGUCUGAAAUCAAGUCCGGAAUCGGGUCCGAAGUCAACUCCGGAAUCAGGUCCGAAGUCAACUCCGGAAUCAGGUCCGAAGUCAACUCCGGAAUUGGGUCCGAAGUCAACUUUGGAAUCGGGUCCAAAGUCAACUCCGGAAUCGGGUCCGAAGUCAACUCCGGAAUCGGGUCCGAAGUCAACUCCGGAAUCGGGUCCGAAGUCAACUCCGGAAUCGGGUUCGAAGUCAACUCUGGAAUCAGGUCCGAAGUCAACUCCGGAAUUGGGUCCGAACGUCUGAAUCCAAUAAUUCGCUGCAAGCGAGGAGAAAGUGUGUUCAAAAGCGUGUGUGUGUGUUGCAUUCGAUCCUGUUUUUACUUAUCAUCCCGACCGAUUUGAAUCAAAAACCGUUUAGAAAAUUUCGUGGAAGAAAGACAAAAAGGAAAUUCAAGAAGCAAAAAAACGAUGUCCAAUCGUUUUGUUCCAUUGUUUACGUGCUAAUAUCGCUGACCCUAUACUAAUAAGCCAAACAGCCAGUGCACCCGUACUAAUCGCAUUCUCUCUCGCUCUCUCUCUCUCCCGCU